AACAUUCUUAGUGUAAAAGUUAACGUGGAUGGUUUACUCUAUGCAAUUUGCGAUGUUUAAGUUGAUAACAAUAAAGUUUACAAGCGAAAAGUGUGCGAACGAAAACGAUUUUACCUUUUUUACCGAACUACGACUGUAACUUGUAAGCAAAAUGUGUUAGUGAUUAUGAAUGUUUCUACCACAGCGAUGGAUGGAAAUUUCGUGCAAUAUAUUAUAACACAUCCCAUAUGUGAAUAAUUGAAGAAAAUGAGCAGAAAUUUCAGUAGAAGAAUACCAGAAUUUCACGAUGAGCAUUGCUGCGCGGGAAAUGUCUCAGGCAAUUUCCGCCGCACCUCGUCACUGCGCGUGCGCGGUGAAAAAAUGGUGCAUCGCUCGCCUCUUUCUACCAGGAAAUUAAUUUCAAUUCCUAUAAUCACGGAACACCAGAAAAAUCGCAGCGAUGGGGCCCGAAUUGUUGAGCCCAAUCAUCGCCCUCGAAGCCAAUCAUUCAGCUCUAAUGCUCAAAAGCCUGCCAAAUCCUGCCUGAAGAUACAAGAGCACUGCAUGGACAACGGGAAACUGAGCAUCUCAGACUCUGCCCACACACCCCCAGGGUCCCCAGAAGAGCUGCCUGAUGAUGAGUCUCUCCACAGCUAUGGCAGUGCUGCCACAGCUGCCUCCAUGGAUGCUGGGUAUGCCCCGUUCAAUGGCACAACAUUCAGUGGGCGCUCCAUGCGAUAUGUCCUCCACUGCUCAUCACAUGCAGGUCUUGCAGGGGAGGAGUACCUCACUCCCACUCAACGAGCCCAAAAACAAAUCCGUAGACUGAAAAACCUCCUCAGCCAAGCCAAAAAAGACUUAGACAAGAAAGAUAGUGAAAUUUUCCACCUCACCAAAGAGGUUGUAGAGUUACGCCUUUAUAAAGCAUCAGUCUGUUCUCCGGAUGAAAAGUCUAACUCCAGUGAGAUUGUAACAAUAAGAGAGAAUGAUGAAGCUUCAAUUGAACAGGAAAGCCCAAAGACUGAAGAUGCAGCAAGGUCCUUUGAUGUUACCGACAGCCCACUGUUCAAGGUUCAAACCCCAACCAGGGGCCGUAAUAGUGACAUGCAAGGCUCUUUCACUGACUCUGGACAUUUUGAUGAUCUCACUAACUCCUCACUACAUUCCAAAGAAUCUGUUCACAUGUUGACUCAUGAUGCGUCCUGCAUGGUAGAACUAGAUGGUGAUGAAGAUCGCCGAAGUCUGAUUUCAUAUUAUGAGAAGAAAGUGGAAGAUGUUAUGAGAUCACAUGUGGGUGAAACUCAGGAGUUGAAAAAAGCUCAUAAUGACAAAGUAGAGGCUUUGCUGCAGAAGCUGGCAGAUGUGAAUACACGGUAUUGUGAAUUGCUACCAAACUAUGAACAGGCAAAAGAAAGGAUUCACGUUUUAGAAAAGCAGUUAGAAGAAGCAAGCAAGCAGCUACAAGAAGAGGACAGCAGGCACCGGGCCGUCUAUCUGCAGAUGUACAACAAGGGAGUUGAGGCCGCCAAAUUCGACUUAGACAGGGAUGGUGAUGCUGGAGGGUCACAGAGUCCAAUGAGCAGGGUGUCGGUGGAGGAGCUGCUGGAACAGCUGCAGAUCACGCAGACUGAGCUUGAAAAUGUCCGAGACACAGCAUUCACUGAAGACAGAACGGCCAAAUCCCAAGUACUGCUAAGUGCAAAGGAGGCUGUUUCUUUAUGGGUCCUAGGAGCUCGAAAGGCCAUGUAUCGUCGCAUCGUUGAGUCACAGAAAGGCAACAAGACCAAUGUAGACCCUGAAGUGACUUUGCAGUUCCUUAAGUCAGCAAUCUACUAUUUCCUCACUGACCCGGAGAACCACCACGGCCACCUCAAUGCGAUAGAGAAUAUUCUCGGCUUCACCGAGGCCGAGAAGAAGAACAUUCGCAAGGCUAGAGCUACUUAAAGACUGCUGUGAACGUGUGAUAUGCCCUUACUGUAGAUUAGGGGUUAUUUAUAAUAGUUACACCUCCAGCCGGUAGUGAACCUUAUGGCAAUGCCAUAGAGCUCACUGGUGGUCACAUGGGUAGUAAUUGUUGGGAGUAACCCAGCCUAGCCGCGUUGCUACACAUAGAUAGGUUUUAAAUGUUGCAUGUCGUCUGAGACGAUACAGAUUAUUUUAAGCAUAUUUUAGAUUGUGUGCACUUGCAAUUAUAAUUGUCUUUACGAAGCAUAAUAGUUAAAAGCACAUAAUUAUUUACUUGUGGUGAUUGUUUUACUCUCAGCUCAUUUGUAAUAAGUUUUAAAAUCGAAUUUAUUUUAGAUACUGAAAUUGUGAUUUCCUUUUAGUUUUUAAGGCCAAAGAUUGAGUUCGUGCUCUCAUAAAAAUAGUGCGAUUUGACUUUUAAGUUAAGAGUACAGUGAUUUAAACUCCUUCGUUCCUAAUAAGUUCUUAACUAGGUAAUAUUGUUAAGUUUUUAUAGUUUUUAUCACUUUUUGGUGUUGUUUUCCUAUUUGUAUCUGACUUUUUCUUUCGUAUUUACUAUUUUGCAUGCUGGACAGCAUUUUAUUAUUUUAUUUUAAUCAGGGAAUUUAUGGUUUUUAUUUUUUGUUUUAUCGAAAAUGGAUGGCCAAUCAUGUUUUUUUGACCGUUUAAACUAACAAAUUAUUGUUUGUUGAAUAACUUUAAAGAUAAAUUUUAUGAAUGGACUUACCAUAAAAUGACAUAAAACAGGCCACGUGGCUUGGUAUACGCGUAAUAUUUGUCUUUACAUGUUAUUCCAGCAACUAAAUAUACAGACUUAUUCACUAAUUCCGUCAAAUUCUUGCUACCGCAAUGUUGCAUCUGUGAUUAAAGUACCUUUGUUAGUAUUGCAUAAUAAUAAUUUAUGUAUAUGUAGUCGAUAACUCAGCACUUCUCAAUUUGGAAUGUGCGGAAGUGAGCUUGGUUCUGUUAAUACCUACUUCUGCACUUGGCAAAUUGAACAGGUGUUCGAUUAUGAAGGAAUUAAGUUAUUAGUUAAAUUAUGUAUAGGUAAAUGCAGUAGGUAUGUGGAGAUUUUAGAUAUCAAGUGAUUUUGCAUCCAUUCCAUAGUAAAUAAUGAUAAAGCAGCUAUUAAAGCGUCCAGUAGAGGUAAAAUCGGGUACCUAAAAUGAUAUACCUAGGUAUUAUAGAUUUUAAUAAUUUAUUCACUGAUUGUGUAUUUCAUGACAUAAUCUUAUUUUUCCUGUGACAAUUUGCUUGCUUUCGUUAUUAUUAAACUGAAAAUUAAGUA